AUAAUCAAAUUUGAUACAAUUUAAUUUUCUAUAUAUUAAAAUUCAAUUUGGUGUCAAUAGAUUAUAGCAUAAAAUUAAAUAUUGCACAAAUUCCAUAUAAAAAAAAUUCAAAUUUGAUGCAAUUGGAUUCUGCCAUUAAAAUGAAAUCACCGAGCCACUUACAAAAGCCUCACCACCAUAGAGAAAAGUCCAUUAAUUAAUUAAUUAAUCCCCCAACCAAUGCCAGCCGGAGAAUUACGCCACCCAACUCCGCCGCUGGGGUCGGAGGAAGAAGAAAAGUGGCUGUGGGAACAGAUCAAAGCCGAGGCUCGGAGAGACGCCGAAGCCGAGCCGGCUCUGGCUAGCUAUUUGUACUCCACCAUACUCGCUCACUCCUCAUUGGAGCGCUCUCUCUCCUUCCACCUGGGCAACAAGCUCUGCUCCUCUACGCUGCUGUCCACCCUACUCUAUGAUAUCUUCCUCAACGUCUUCUCCGCCGACGCCGCCAUCCGCUCCGCCACCGUCGCUGACCUACGCGCCGCCCGUGUUCGCGACCCCGCCUGCAUUUCCUUCUCCCACUGCCUUUUGAAUUUCAAGGGUUUCGCCUGCCAGGCUCAUCGAGUGGCUCACAAGCUGUGGACUCAAUGCCGAAAGCCACUAGCACUAGCCCUCCAAUCCCGAAUCUCCGACGUGUUCGCGGUGGACAUCCACCCUGCAGCCAGGAUAGGCAAGGGGAUCCUCUUCGACCACGCCACCGGAGUGGUGGUGGGCGAGACCGCCGUGAUCGGAAACAACGUCUCCAUCCUCCACCACGUCACCCUGGGCGGCACCGGCAAGUCCGGUGGGGACCGCCACCCCAAGAUCGGAGACGGGGUGUUGAUCGGGGCAGGGGCCACCAUAUUGGGGAAUGUGCUGAUCGGAGAAGGGGCCAAGAUAGGGUCGGGGGCUGUGGUUCUGAUGGACGUGCCGCCACGGACGACGGCUGUGGGGAUUCCGGCGAGAUUGGUCGGAGGGAAGGAGCAGCCGAAGGUGCAUGAGGAGAUUCCCGGUGAGUCCAUGGAUCAUACUUCUUAUAUAUCUGAUUGGUCGGAUUAUAUAAUAUGAUGAUGACUUCUACUCUUGAAGUUCAGAUUCUCUUGUGUUAUUUUGUCAUCUUUACUUUAAUAAUGUCUAAUGGAGAUUUCCAUUUUCCCGCUUUUUCUUUUUCUUUUUUUUUUUUUUCUUUCCUUCUUUUUUUCCUUUUUUUUUUAUGGGUUCUUGUUUAUGCUGUUAUGCUGAAUGACUAGUGGAUAUGAUACUUCUGAGAAGAAUAUAUAAGGGCAUGGACUGGAAAAAGUGAUAUUGUUAAUUUUAUGAUGGAAAUUAAACCUCUGGUA